AUGCAGAGUGACCACCCGCGAGAUGAGAUCCUGAAAAUGAAAGCAGACAUGCAAGAGGAACGACAAUCUCUCAUUGAUAUCUGGAACAUUCAGGAGCCUGAAGACAGUGCCAAGCAGAAACGACAUAUAUCACCAAGCCUCAUGCCAUCAGAAGUUGAUGACAAUGAUAUAUUUUGGACAUGCCUCGCCGAAAUCGAUGCUGUCAUGGACAAAACCUCUGAAGAACCGCCCGAGUGUGAAAAGCAAGAGCUGCUCGCUCAGCUUCCCAGAGAAUACCAAGAUUAUUGGGACGUUUUUUUGAAACGAAACUCAGACACAUUGCCUGAAAUUCGAGGCAGAAGCGACUUUCGAAUCGAACUCACUGAGGAGUUUCGACCUGUUAUGUAG